AUGGCUGGUACCAAACUUGUAGCACUUGGUUUCGUUGCCCUGCUAGUAGUUGGACUAUCCAAUGCUGCACGGGUAGCUAGAUUGUCUAGCGCAGAGGGGCAAGGUCAGGGAGGGGGAGUGGGAGGUGGAACCGGAACCGGUGCCGGGGCAGGGUCUGGGGGUGGCGAUGGGUCGGCUGGCAGUAGCGUUAGUACGUCUGGGUCGUCGGAUCAUGCCCGGGCUAGUUCCGGUGGUGGUGGUAGUGGUGGCGGUGGUGGCGGUAGUGGUGGCAGUGGGUAUGGCUCUGGGUCAGGGUCAGGAUCUAGCUCAAGUACUAGCCGUGGUGCCGGAAGAGCAUGGAUUGGCGGUGGGCGCACUGACGCCGGAGGUGCCGGCGGUGGUGGGGGCGCCGGAAGAGGAGACGGUGACCAAGGUUCUAGUGGCCAUGGCGAUGGCUCUGGCUUUGGGAGCGGCUCCAGCAAGGUGGACAGUGAAGGCUAUUAUGGGGCAACUGGCUAUGCUAACGGUGGCGGCAAUGGUGAUGGUGGAGGUCAUGGCGAAGGUGGUGGAUACGGUAAUGGUGGAGGGAAUGGGUCAGGUUAUGGCAACGGUGAAUUCCCUUAAAUUACUUCACAGAUCAGCAAACUAAACAUGGAGCCCGUAGUAGUCUGGUGAUUUGUCUUUUUUUUUUGUCUGGUGAUUUGU